AUGUGGGCAUUGUUGUCUGGUGUUCAUGCCAGUCUUGCUCUUGUCCUGCAUUGUCAUUAUAUAAAAGAGUCACUGCAUGUUAACUUCUCAAGGAAAGCCUUACAAUAUAUUGGUGACUUUGGAAUUGUUGGUUUUGUAUCUGGAUUGGCCCUCACACUUUUUUACAGUUUUUUGGAAAUUUAUUAUAAAUCCGAUAUUGUUCCUAUCAAGACAAGCAUCAUUAUACGCUUGGUGUGGUCCUUCAUGAUGAUGAAAAAAUCCGAACAU